AUGGCUAUCCUGUUCGCUGUUGUGGCGAGGGGCACAACCAUCCUUGCCAAGCAUGCCUGGUGCGGAGGAAACUUCCUGGAGGUGACGGAGCAGAUCCUGGCAAAAAUACCGUCUGAAAACAACAAACUGACCUAUUCACAUGGGAAUUAUCUGUUUCAUUACAUCUGCCAAGACAGGAUUAUAUACCUCUGCAUCACAGAUGAUGACUUUGAACGAUCCAGAGCCUUCAAUUUCCUGAAUGAAAUCAAGAAGAGGUUUCAGACCACAUACGGCUCAAGAGCACAGACAGCUCUUCCCUAUGCAAUGAACAGCGAGUUCUCGAGUGUCUUAGCUGCGCAGCUGAAAUACCACUCGGAGAGCAAGGGCACUGACCAGGUGGCAGAGACGCAAGCUCAAAUCGAUGAACUUAAAGGAAUCAUGGUUCGAAACAUAGACCUUGUGGCACAAAGAGGAGAGAAGCUGGAGUUGCUGAUCGACAAAACAGAGAAUCUUGUGGAUUCGUCAGUCACUUUCAAAACUACCAGCAGGAACCUUGCUAGAGCCAUGUGUAUGAAGAACCUCAAGCUAACUAUUGUCAUCAUCAUUGUAUCAAUUGUUAUCAUCUAUAUCAUUCUGUCGGCUGCCUGUGGUGGGCUGGCGUGGCCGAGCUGCGUGCAGAAGUAACUGGAGGCAGGUGGUGCUGGUCGCUUGGAGAUGGGAAUCACAAGAGUGUGAAGAAGCAACCUACGGAGUAACUCUUAAUCUCUCACUACUGACACCUUCUCAUUCAUCAUCCCUCCAAGACUUCAGACGUUUUUGCCUUAUCACCCCAAACAGGCCUAGCUGGUCACUGCUUCUGUGCAGCUGACACCUCAAGAAGGGGCUGUUUUAAAUUACUUGAAGGGAUUUUUUUUGGUUCUUUUUCUGUCCCAAGUACAACCUUCUCAGCUGGGCGGGCGGUACCUCCGGCGCCGGAGGGUUCUGUGCAUGCUCGCCCGUGUGUCCGUGUAGCUUUGCACUUCGCGUGAGCG